AUGUUUUUCAGAAAAAUCAAAGCUUUCACACAUCAGAGAUCUCACACAGGGAAAAGCCGUAUUCCUGUCCUGAGUGUGGGAAAUGUUUUUCAGAGAAGUCCAGUCUUUACAGACAUCAGAGAUCUCACACAGGGGAGAAGCCACUUUCCUGUCCUGAGUGCGGGAAAUGUUUUUCAAGGAAGUCCCAUCUUUACACACAUCAGAGAUCUCACACGGGGGAGAAGCCAUAUUCCUGUCCUGAGUGUGGGAAAUGUUUUUCAAGGAAGUCUAGCUUUACACACAUCAGAGAGAUCUCACACAGGGGAGAAGCCAUAUUCCUGUCCUGAGUGUGGGGAAUGUUUUUCAGUGAAGUCCAAUAUUUUACAAACAUCAGAGAUCUCACACAGGGGAGAGCCCAUAUUCCUGUCCUGA